CCAACUUUUUCUCUCUUUUGCUUUCUCUCUCUCUCUCUCUUCCUAGGGCUUUUUUUUUCUUCUUUUUAUUUCUUUGAUGAUGGAAGGCGAGAUUGCUAUACCAAAAAUAAAUAUUCUACGCCAUCUCGAUCAAACAGACGGUAUUCGUAGUAGUAGUUCAUUGCUCUAUAGUAGUUCACCUUCAUCCGAUGAAGCACCUACUGAGACUGAUAUGUCGGACGUGUUUGACUAUCCUAUUCGAAAACAACUUUCUACAUCCAUACUGCAUUCACCUGGUCAUCGACUCGGUAAUUCAGCAUCUCAUCCAGACUUGCGCCAUAGGACACCUUCACCACCUACUAUUUCACCAGGACUGGAUAUCACUGAAAAAGAUGAAAUGUUCAUGUUGGAACCUUUGGAUCUAUGCCAUCUUCAAAAAUGGCUUGUUGGUUUCUGUGUAGUCAAUUUUGAUCUGGAGAUUGGUCAAGCCUUGGAUUAUGCUUAUCCUCCUAUUGAUCUAACUAGUACAGAACAAAAAAACAUUUGUUUUGCAGCAUUUCCAGAUUCCAACGUGUUUGAAGUAGGAGACCAAGUCUUUAAUAUUAGAGUGAAAGCAUCUUCCAAGUUUGCUGCUUCAGGGCCUACUGCAGAUGCAGGAUUUUUAUAUGGUUAUGUGUUCUUUAGACAAAAGAAAGAUGCCAGUAUUCGACGUGGCUAUUUUCAGAAAUCGUUGGUAUUGUUGUCUCAACAUCCAUUUGUAGGGCUAUUUUCACGCAUGGUAUCCAUACUUGGUCCUGCUUUUUUCGAUACAGGUCAACCCAUGCUCGAGGCUGCCUGCAUGAACAUUGCUCAAUGGAUGCCUCCUGAGCAUCGUGUGCUUGAUCUACCUUUUCUCGGUCGAUUACUGCAAGUGGCUUUACCCACACCCUUAGAACCUCAAUUGUUAGAGACAUCACCGUUUGAUAUGAACAAAUUCAAACCUGAUCUUCAGAUCAUGGCUUCUUUACCCGUCAGAGGGCUGUAUCAUCAUUUUAGAGAUAUUUUAAAAGAGGUUUGGUUGCUUUGGGAACUUAUGCUGUUGGCUGAACCCAUUGUGGUCAUUGCACCCGACCCAAGUGUGUGUAGUGAAGCUGUUCUUUCCCUUGUCGAUCUUAUUCAUCCUAUACAUUAUUGUGGAGAUUAUAGACCUUAUUUCACUAUUCAAGAUUCGGAUUUUAAGAGUUUUGUGACAAAGAAUAAGCCAUUAUCAAGCCUUGUUUUGGGUGUUACCAAUCCAUUUUUUAAUACAGCUGUUCAGCAUUGGCCUAAUAUUGUUCGUGUAGGCAGACAACAACCAAGAAAACCUGAUGGUACCUUAAUACCAACCCAUAUUCCACAUCCACAUACUUCAAGAUCAAAGCCUGGUCUUGGUAAUAAAUCAAAUGUGUUGUUUAAUUUUGUUCAAGGUGUCACUUCAAAACGAAAAUCAGUCAUUGCCAGAGAUCGUGAACUAGUCAAGAUGCUGACAGAAGCAUCUGUUCGAGGUUCACCUCCAGAUUGGGUAUUAAACAAUAUGCUUAAACGACAUUUUGUGGAUUUAACAGAGAAAUUUCUUGUGCCUCUGAAUCGUUAUUUCAGUACGCUCAUACCCGUCAAUCUAUCGCAUGGUAAUACUCGACUAAAACCCUUUCAAACAGAUCAAUUCAUGAAAUCACUCAAGGAACAUGGUCCUCAAUUACCCUUUAAAUCAACAUUCAAAACACGUACUUCAACAUCAGAUCCUACCAAGGAAUUAUAUGCUCAGUUUCUUAAAUGUGGUAAUUUCGCUACUUGGCUUCAGCAGCGCACUAUGCGUGCAGAACAAGAAAUUCAAAAAAAAAGGGCGUGUACAUAACACACUGGUGAUUUUCCAUGCUGGUACUUGGAUUGUAAAUAAAUUACAU